GGCCCUUAAAGUUUGUUUGUUCGCUGAAUGCGGCGUGUGAUGAAAACGUGUUACUGAUCCCGUUCGAGAAUAAUCAGAUGAAUCUGAUUUGGGACAUUUGAUUUUGGACUUUCGAGACGCCGACUGUUGCCAUUAGGCACGAAACUCAUUCAACCGACCUACUUUUUCCCCAGUUGCCUUGAGGAAAGACCGACUAGGUUAGAAACGGUGUGCUUGCAGUCAUACAGGGACUGAAUUACAACAACUUUAAUGCCAAUCACGAACGAGGAUACGCGACGCACCAUUCCGAGAAGGCAAACUGCGGAAAAGUCUGCUGGAAAGGCUCUGCGAAGAGAUAUCGGAAAGAGUUUGGCUAUCCGGACACUUUUGGUGAAUUGCAACUUUUGAGCAGCAGUUUGAUAACCCGAAAGAUUAAAAGAUACGGUUGGUGUCUUUAACGAGAAAUUGACAUUCCUGAAGUGACCAAGUUAAGCUCUAACGUAGCCUCCAGAUGGUUGCUAAGAAGGGUUAAACUGUAUCUAAAGGGAGUUGGAAAAUCCAGCCUUUCUUCCACACGGAUCAACUCAUUGGGUGGGAGCAGCAAGAGAGACAAGAGUCCCCAGCAAAUCAGAGGCUAAUUGAUUAAAGAGACUUCAUUUGAAUAGGGGCUGGCAAGGUGCCAAUCGCCUUUCAGAGGACCCCCCCUCCAUGAUUAAUCGUGAGGCAUUAUUGAUAAUCAUAACAGGACACAUGCGCGGUGGAUGGGCUCCAUUUCCGUAAUUUUGAGCAGAUUUGAUAGUAUUUUUAUUCUUUCGUGGCUGAUGCGUGAGCCAGCAUGUCGCGGAGGAAACAAGCGAAGCCGCAGCAUUUCCAGACCGACUCGCAGCUGGUCCUUACCGCGCACAAUGGGGACACAGUGGCCAACUCAGACGACUCCCCUUGCAAAGACUCGGGUGCCCAUGUCUGCGGCAGAUGUUGUGCAGAGUUCUUUGAACUAUCGGAUCUUGAACACCACCAGAAGAAUUGCACUAAGAAUCAAUUAGUUCUAAUUGUAAAUGAAAAUCCAGUGUCUCCCUCCGGAACCUUUUCCCCGGGCUCCUCUCCUCAUAAUCCGGAUGAGCAGGUGAAUGACACAACUAAUAACACAGAUCAAGCAGAGUUGGCUGACCUUUUGGAGCAGAAUAUACUUGACAAAGAGGAGGCCAUGGACACAGAGGUGUCAGAAGUCUCUGCUACACAUAAGGAUGGCAGUGGACAUGCGGUGGGUGGAAGCCCACUUGGGGGUGCUGGAAGCAGCCAUGGACCUCUGGGCAGCACUGGGUCCAAUUUGGGAAAUUCUGCCAUUUCUCCCUCACUACCUCAGCUGGGCAACUUAACUGAGCUGGGAAAUUUUUCCAUGAUCAACAGUAAUGUCAUUAUUGAAAACCUACAGAGCACCAAAGUAGCUGUGGCUCAGUUCUCUCAAGAGACAAGAUCAGCGGGAGGACAAAGGGUGGCUGUGCCAGCCCUUAUGGAGCAGCUCUUGGCACUGCAGCAGCAGCAGAUUCAUCAGCUGCAGCUCAUCGAGCAGAUCCGUCACCAGAUUCUUCUGUUAGCUUCCCAAUCACCUGAGCUCCAAGUACCACCUAGUUCUUCGCCAGUCACUUCAGGUUCAGGUGCUAGCCCACUAACCACUCUUAGUUCCCAUUUGUCUCAACAGUUGGCAGCUGCCGCAGGGUUAGCACAGAGCAUAGCUAGCCAGUCUGCAAGCAUUAGCAGUUUGAAACAGAUGGCUAAUGCUGCGCAGCUACCUCAGAACAAUUCUAAUGUGGGAGAGUCGUCUCAAAACCCCGGAGCACCGGGGGCAGCUACAGUUAAUGUCCAGUCUUCUGAGAAGAGGCCGGGCCAUACGGGGAGCUUACAUCCUCAAUUAGCAAACCCAUCACUUUCAAAACCAUCCACACCAGCCUUUGGGAUGAGUAAUAUUUUGAACCCAGUGGCUAAUACCCUUCUACCUCAGCCCCCACCAGGCAAUCCAAUGUUUUCCAGUGCACUGCCCAGUGUUGGUACUACAGUUGAAGAUCUCAGCUCACUGGCUGCACUGGCUCAAAGAAAAGGCAAGCCACCCAAUGUUGCAUCUUUUGAACCGAAAAGUAGCUCAGAGGAUGCUUUUUUCAAACAUAAAUGUAGGUUUUGUGGCAAGGUGUUUGGUAGUGACAGUGCUCUACAGAUUCACUUACGUUCUCAUACAGGUGAGAGGCCGUACAAGUGCAACAUUUGUGGAAAUCGCUUUUCAACCCGUGGUAACUUGAAGGUGCACUUUCAGCGACAUAAGGAGAAGUUUCCACACAUUCAGAUGAAUCCAUACCCUGUUCCAGAGCAUUUAGACAAUAUUCCAACAAGUACUGGCAUUCCCUAUGGAAUGUCAAUGCCCCCUGAGAAGCCAGUUACUAGCUGGUUGGAUAGCAAGCCUGUACUUUCAACUCUGACCUCUUCUGUUGGCAUGUUACUUCCACCAACAAUACCAAGUCUGCCUCCAUUUAUCAAAAAGGAAGAGAAUAACUCGCUGGUUACAAGCAGCCCUUCUCAUUCUGCUAAAAGUGACUCUGGUCCAGCUGAAGCAGCCACAAAAAACACAGAGAGGGUGUUGGAAGAGGUUGAGAGCACAACCUUGCCUACCUCAAAUGGAAAAACGGAAGAAAACCACCACUCCUCCAGUUUAACAACUAAUGUGAUUGCUGCUGGAGAGGGCACCAUCAAGUACACCACCCCCAACAGCCCUCCAAUGGCCACUAAUCCACUAAUGCCCCUGAUGUCAGAGCAGUUCAAAGCUAAGUUUCCUUUUGGUGGUCUACUUGAUCCCUUGCAGGGCUCAGAAACAUCCAAACUUCAACAACUGGUUGAGAACAUUGACAGGAAAGUGACAGACCCCAAUGAGUGUGUUAUCUGCCACCGUGUUCUUAGUUGCCACAGUGCCCUGAAGAUGCACUACCGCACACACACUGGGGAGAGGCCUUUCAAAUGUAAAGUGUGUGGCCGUGCGUUCACCACCAAGGGAAACCUGAAAACUCAUUACAGUGUCCAUCGAGCAAUGCCACCACUGAGGGUCCAGCACUCUUGUCCUAUUUGCCAGAAAAAGUUCACAAAUGCUGUGGUACUGCAGCAGCACAUUCGAAUGCAUAUGGGUGGCCAGAUCCCUAACACCCCUCUUCCUGACAGCUACCCAGAAUCCAUGGGCUCUGAUGCCGGCUCAUUUGAUGAGAGAAAUUUUGAUGAUUUUGACAACUUCUCUGAUGAAAAUAUGGAGGGAAUUGAGGAUGGACCAGACAGCAGCAUCCCACACACACCAAAGUCAGCUGAUGCAUCUCAAGACAGCCUCUGUUCAUCCCCUACACCAAUUGAGUCGUCAGGCAUGGAAACCCAGGAAAAGAGUGCCAACCACAUAGCAGAAGAAGUGAAUUGUGGACAGGAAAAAUCAGUGGAGAAUGGAUUCAUGGAAGGAGACAGAUUCACGAAUGACUCCUCUUCAAUUGGAGGUGAUAUUGAAAGCCAAAGUGCCGGAAGUCCAGCUGUCUCUGAAUCUACCUCUUCCAUGCAGGCACCGUCACCCACUAAUGGAAAUCACCAACAGCAAAAAUCUCCAAGUCUAGAGGAUCGGCAACAGCGGGCAUUGUCAUUUGAGUAUAUUAGCGCAGGUCUUAUGCAGAGUCAUUCUGCCAGUCCUGGAGCUCUGGAUCUUACUUCAAUUAAUCCAUUGAAAGAGCCUCUUAGUAUGAUUUUCCCCUUCCGUGAUCGAGGCACCUUUAAGAAUACAGCAUGCGAUAUCUGCGGAAAGACAUUUGCCUGCCAGAGUGCCUUGGAUAUUCACUACCGAAGCCAUACCAAAGAGAGACCAUUCAUUUGUAACGCAUGCAACCGAGGUUUUUCCACCAAGGGUAACUUGAAACAACAUAUGCUGACCCAUCAGAUGCGAGAUUUGCCCUCUCAGCUCUUUGAGCCCAACAACAGUCUUUCAUCCAGCCCAACUCCUUCACUUCUUUCUGUUGGACCCUUGUCCGCCUUGAUGAAGACUGAGGUCAAUGGCUUUCUUCAUGGUCUUCAACUUGAUGUAAAAGACUUGCCCUCAGGACUGGUGACCUCAUCUGCUUCGACCUCUCCAGUUCUUUCAGCUGCCCCACCAAGGAGAACGCCUAAGCAGCACAACUGCAACACCUGUGGAAAAACAUUUUCCUCCUCCAGUGCCCUGCAGAUCCACGAGCGAACCCAUACCGGAGAGAAGCCUUUUGCUUGCACCAUCUGUGGACGAGCAUUCACCACCAAAGGAAAUCUCAAGGUUCACAUGGGUACCCACAUGUGGAACAGUGCUCCUGCUCGCCGUGGUCGCAGGCUUUCAGUAGACGGUCCAAUGGCUUUCCUAGGCACCAACCCUGUAAAGUUCCCAGAGCUCUUCCAAAAGGACCUAACUGGCAGAGCUGGAAAUGGAGAUCCAACCAGCUUCUGGAAUCAGUAUGCCGCUGCAUUCUCAAAUGGCCUGGCUAUGAAGACCAACGAAAUCUCUGUUAUCCAGAAUGGAGGACUGCCCCCUCCCCUGUCAGGGAGUGUGGGUAACGGGGGCAGUUCACCUAUCGGGGGUUUGACAGGCAGCAUGGAAAGGCUGCAUAACUCCGAGCCCAAUCCUGCUCUGGCUGGCCUUGAGAAAAUGGCCAACAACGAAAAUGGGACUCCCUUCCGCUUCACUCGCUUCAUGGAGGACAAGGAGAUUGUGACCAACUAGAAAACAGUUUUUGUUGUACUCAUGAACAAACACAUACGCUCUUCAACAGACCAAACACGUGUCCCUGUAUGCGCGUAAAUGAAAGAGGAAAGCAAGAAAAAAUAACUAUUUCAGCUUUUGCUUGCAAUUAAGACUUUAUGAAGAAAAGUUUGAAAAGAACUCGCUUUGUACAAUGUACAACAUCUUAUAGUUUUACGGAGCUUAUUUAUUAGUGAUUAUAACCUUGCUCGAAAACCAAGUGGAAAUAUUAACAGUAACUUAGUUUUUGUUAUUUUCUGUUUUAUCUGCAUUUUCUGUUUUAUCUGCAGAGUCAUUCUGUACAAGUGUUUUAAAGUGUGCUUUUGAAAAUCAGCUUUCCUUGUUAGACAACUUCAUCAUGGCAUUAAAUUAUUUUCUAUCUGUAGUACGUGUUAACAAAACUUGAUGUUCAUGUAAUGAUUUAGAGCUUACAAAGUGUAACUUAAGGCUGUAAAUACUGUACACUUAUCUGUGCUA